AUGGCAGCAGGCAGGAGUGUGGCCCGAGUUUACCCAAACGUCAAUGAGAAGUUAGGAAGAUCAUGGUGGGACUAUGACAACUUGGUGGUCCAAUGGGGUAUUCAAGACAACUACGAAAUCGUUCGUAAAGUGGGUCGAGGAAAAUAUUCAGAAGUGUUCGAAUCAAUCCACUUGCCAUCAAACGUUAAAUGCAUAGUCAAAGUGUUAAAACCAGUAAAAAAGAAGAAGAUUAAGAGAGAGAUUAAGAUCUUACAAAACUUAGCUGGAGGUCCAAAUGUCGUUGGAUUGUUGGAUGUAGUCAGAGAUAGUCAAAGUAAAACACCAAGUAUCGUCACUGAAUAUGUCAAUAACGUCGAAUUCAAAACACUCUAUCCCAAAUUCACCGAUUUCGACGUACGAUAUUACAUGUUCGAAUUACUCAAAGCAUUAGAUUUCUGCCAUUCAAAAGGUAUAAUGCACAGAGAUGUCAAACCCCACAAUGUAAUGAUUGAUCAUGAGAAGAGAACUCUUCGUCUUAUUGAUUGGGGAUUAGCAGAAUUCUACCAUCCAGGAACAGAAUAUAACGUCCGAGUGGCUUCACGAUACUUCAAAGGCCCAGAGUUACUGGUAGAUUUCCAAGAAUACGAUUAUAGUUUAGAUAUGUGGAGUUUGGGUUGUAUGUUUGCGAGUAUGAUAUUCCGAAAAGAACCAUUUUUCCAUGGUCACGACAAUGCUGAUCAACUAGUGAAGAUUACAAAAGUGUUGGGAACAGAUGAAUUGUUUAUCUAUCUCGAACGAUACGAAAUUGAUUUAGAUUCACAGUUUGAUGAUAUACUAGGAAGAUAUCCACGUAAACCCUGGUCAAGAUUCAUAACAUCAGAAAAUCAAAGAUAUAUAUCAAAUGAAGCUAUUGAUUUCUUGGAUAAAUUACUGAGAUAUGAUCAUCAAGAGAGAUUGACUGCUCAGGAAAGUCAAGAACAUCCUUAUUUCGGCCCCGUCCGAGAAGCCGCAGCUCGACAAUGA